AAUUAGUUGAAGAGACCAUUCCAAAAGAAGGAAAAAAGAUGGGAGAAAGAAUUGUGGUGGACAAAGCUUAUCUUUACCAAGAAGACAAACCACUCACCGUCUGCAAGACUUCUCUCUUCUACACCGGCGAUGGUUUCGCCGCCUAUGAUUGCCACGGUGAUAUCAUCUUCAGGGUUGAUUCUUAUGGACCUGACACAAGAGAUAACGAUGAGAUUGUCCUCAUGGACGCUACCGGAAAGUGUCUCCUUACCGUUAAACGAAAGAGACCAACUCUACACCAAAGAUGGGAAGGUUUUCUCGGCGAGAGAUCGGAAGGUCAGAAACCGAUCUUCAGCGUUCGGAGAUCUUCGAUAAUCGGACGGUGUACGAUGGAAGUAGAAGUUUACGACGGAACAGGAGAAGAGUACAUUAUUGAUGGAGACUUCUCGCAACGAAGCUGUCUCAUAUACGACACGGAGAAACGUACUGUGGCUGAGAUCAAACGCAAAGUAGACGCGUCAACGAACGUGAUGCUUGGUCGAGAUGUGUUCACUCUAGAGAUUAAACCGGGUUUUGAUGGUGCUUUCGCUAUGGGUUUGGUCGUUGUGCUUGACCAGAUCAACGGUGAUGAUCCAGUUGAGAUUGGUGAUGAACAGGUACACCCUUUUGUAGAGGAUUAAUGUCGGUCUCUCUCCCACCUCUCACAAUGGUCUUCACGUUAACAUAUCGAAUCUAAUCUUUAGUUUUUCAAUCUUUGGAUUUGGACCAUAUGAUUAUGGGAGUCUGUUUGUAUCAUUCUGUGUUAAAUCAUUUAAGUUGCUACGUUACAUAAUAUUAUAGUCUCUGUCUCGGGAAAUUUGUUGAGUAUUAUAUGUUGAUGUUACAAAAUUAGAUUUGUGUAUACACGCUAUUAGAAAAUAUCGU